AUCACAUCUCAACCUUUGCCCAUAGAACAAGGGUCCAUGUUUUAAGGAGAAGUACAAGUCUAGUCAAAGACUUUUGAGUCUUGAACUUUGAAUUGAAAAAGGAGCUCCAAGACUAGUUUGUAUUUCCCUCCAUUGAACAAUUUCCCCCAAAGUCCAAAUUGUGAAAUUAAAAUUUGUCAAGAACCGAACCACUAGUGGACUGCCACUUGGACUGCCACAUCGCCAUAUACACUGUUCACGCAACAAUUUUGGCUCAAAUUUUGAUCUUUUAGUUUCAUUGUGUUGUUUUUUUUGUUUCGCUUGUUGAUUCCAUUACUAACUUACAAGCUCGUACUAGAUUGUAAGUUAGUUUUGAAAUCGUCCUUCGUGUAUAUGUUCCUUUGUGUGUCUUAUUCUCUUGAGUCGUAAUACUUGGUCCACCUCUCAAUGCCUCACGGAGUACAAGCAAGGUUACGACACUUUUGAGAUCAAAGUGAAAAAAAAAAUUCGAGAGACAAAACAAUAGAGAGGGAGUGUGAGGACCAUUCUUGUACAACUAACUUGUUUGUUGUUUUGUAGGUAACUUCUUGGCCAUAAUGGAAACCAUUUUGGCCCUCCUUGAUGAUUUGUCCCGAGACCUUGCUAGGGCAAAUGCGGAUCUUGAAAAAUUUGACUCGGAUGUGGUAACUAUGAGUGAGAGGUUGGAUCAAAUGGAGAGUCGAAGGAACUCUCGUGCUUUUACUCCCGAAACUUUACUUCCAAUGACCAAUCCUCCAAGACCACCUCAUAAUGCCACAAGCCAAGCUCCAAAUAGCCUUCAAAACCGAGAACAAGAUGGACCACUUCCCCCGCAAGUUGAUCAAGUCCAACAAGGAGGACUUGGAAGCCAAUUUCCUCCCAUCCAAGCUCCACAACCAAAGCUCCACAUUACCAAAUCGAGCCUCUCAACCGAAAGUUCCCUUUCCCAAAACCGACACAUCCAAGAAGAGGAACAUGGUAGAGAGAGACACGAAGGAUAUGGAGUCUACGACGAUGCUUAUAUGAUAGAAGGAGACUUGAGUCGGAUGAGAUUGAAGGCCAAUCUCAAGAGGGAGAGGAUGCCGAGGGUUAAAAUGAAGAUGUUGGAUCCGAGACUUUUUGUCAUUAUGCUCUCGGGUUUGGCUAGCUUAUGGACUAUUUUUGUGCAUCUCUUGUGGGCUGUUUUUAGCUCGUUUUUUGAUACGUCCCUUGUUAUUAUUAAGCUCUCGAGCUCUUCAUGUUUUGCGAACUGUUUUGAGUGGUUUCUUUUGAAGUAGCCAAUUGAACGAGAUGAAGUCGUGAAUUUGUGGGCAAAUUCCUCUCAAGAUGGAGAGGAUGAUAUAAGAAUAAUCACGGAUAUGGACUUAUAAGGGUGCGCGUUGGUUUCGAGACUUGGUGUGUGCAAUUAAGUGUAGAAGAGGCCCAAAACACACCAAAAUCAGCCCAUAACUUACACUUGAUGGACAACCCACUCUUUGAAGGCCCUUUUGGUCAUUUUAACUUAUAUCUUGUAAUAGCGAUAUAAAGAACAAUGCAGGGUUUUAUUUACUUAGAUUAUUAUGGAUGUUGAAGUGAGAAACACUUGAAAAACACACAGUCCUCUCUUCUCUUGAUGAGGCAAAACCGAAACUAGGAGACAACAAUAGGGUGGAU